GGCGUUGAACCAAGCGGUGACAGUGCUGGGACUGGGAGAAGAACACAAGCGAGUUGUCAUCCGCGGUUUCAACAAGUGUUGGAUCAAUUGGUUAAACGUCGGACUGUGUUUUAUUAAUUGGCUGUUCGGAGUAUUUUUUGUAUAUCUUAGAAGAUAUGUUCAGACGAGUUGUACGACAGAGCAAAUUCCGUCACGUCUUUGGUCAACCGGUGAAGAAUGACCAAUGCUACGAUGAUAUCCGGGUGUCGCGGGUCACCUGGGACAGUGCCUUCUGUGCAGUCAACCCCAAAUUUGUUGCCAUAAUUAUUGAGGCCAGUGGUGGCGGAGCGUUCCUGGUUCUUCCUCUAUCCAAGACGGGCCGAAUCGACAAAUCCUACCCUACAGUGUGUGGCCACACCGGUCCUGUGCUGGACAUCGACUGGUGUCCUCAUAAUGACCAGGUCAUCGCCAGCGGCUCUGAGGACUGCAAUAUCAUGGUGUGGCAGAUACCCGAGAAUGGCCUGAUAACCGCACUGGAGGAGCCGGUGGUGGUCCUGAAGGGACAUUCCAAGAGGGUGGGCAUCAUCUCCUGGCAUCCCACCGCACGCAACGUCCUGCUCAGCGCUGGCUGCGACAACCAGGUGAUAGUCUGGGACGUGAGCACGGGGGAAGCCAUGAUCACCCUGGAGGACAUGCACCCAGACGUGAUCUUCAGUGCCUGCUGGAACCGCAACGGCAGCCUGAUCUGCACCGCCUGCAAGGACAAGACCAUCCGCGUCAUCGACCCCCGCAAGGAGACCAUCGUCGCCGAGAAGGAGAAGGCCCAUGAAGGGGCUCGGCCAAUGAGAGCCAUUUUCCUGUCUGACGGGAAUGUCUUCACAACGGGUUUCAGCCGAAUGAGCGAGAGACAACUGGCCCUGUGGAACCCGGAAAGCAUGGACGAGCCCAUCUCCGUGCACGAGAUGGACACCAGCAACGGAGUCCUUCUGCCCUUCUAUGACCCCGACACCAACGUGGUUUACCUCUGUGGAAAGGGCGACAGCAGCAUCCGCUACUUUGAGAUCACAGACGAGGCGCCCUUUGUCCACUACCUCAGCACCUACACCACCAAGGAGCCCCAGAGAGGGAUGGGCUACAUGUCAAAGAGGGGCCUGGAUGUCAACAAGUGUGAGAUCGCCCGCUUUUACAAGCUGCAGGAGAGGAAGUGCGAGCCCAUAAUCAUGACGGUGCCCAGGAAGUCUGACCUGUUCCAGGACGACCUGUACCCCGACACGGCGGGGCCGGACCCGGCUCUGGAGGCAGAGGACUGGUUCGAGGGCAAGAAUGGAGACCCCAUCCUCGUCUCCCUGAAGAACGGCUAUGUCCCCGGCAAGAACCGAGACCUCAAAGUGGUCAAGAAGAACAUUCUGGACAACAAGGCAAAGAACACGGAGAAGACGGGACCCGCAACCAAGACUGCAAGCCCCACUGCCUCAAUAAAGGGUGAUGUCAAGCUGGAUGAGAUCUUGAACGAGAUUAAAUCCCUCAAGGAGCUGGUGAGCAGUCAGGAAAAGAGAAUCAUCCAACUUGAAGAGCAGAUGUCCAAAAUUGCCAUUUAAGGGUUUCGUCCGUCUCUCUCUCUCCCCCCCCCCCACCAUCCUCCAUCAAACCCACUACAAUUCAGGACUUUCCAUUGGCUGGGCGGUGGGCAGGACUAGUCAAUGCCAAACUCAAUGACAGAGUUCUUCCCCAAGCCUGCCUAGCAACAUUCCUGAUUUAUUAUUAUUUUCUUAACCAGCCCCUUACCCCUCCUCAGUCAGCGCUGAACGAAUCCCAAAGGACUUAAACUUUAGAAGAAAAUAUGCUUUUUCUUUCUUUUGUUACGUCUAUUUUCUUUUCCAAUUAUGACCAAGAUCACACUUUUUUACAGUGGAUGUAUUUUUUUUUUUUUCUUAGCUUUAAUUUCUUCUUUCUGAGUCGGUGACAGUAUUUCAUCAACCAAAGCACGCAUUCUGUUGCCAUAUUCAAAGUUGUCUUGUUUACACCUUUUUGACAGUAUUCUUAUUAUAUAUUUCUUUGUGGGAACAUUCCAAAUGUAUAUCCUAGGACUCAGUGGUGUAUUCUGCUCAGUAUCGUUCAUGCUUAAUUCAAUCUUUAGAGGAAGAAGUCAUGAUGAUAGACAGAAAAAAAUCCUUCAAAUAAUUCAACCAAACUCAAAGUAAUGUGCCACACUCACAAACCUGAUAACUUCUUGACCUACGCUGACGACAUCCUUCUUGUUGUGAUCUUGUUUUAAACGUACCGAUUGGACAUAUGUAGAAAAUCCAUUGUGUCCAUAAUAGGGCAACCAGCACCUUAUGAUCAUAGAAUUAAUGAUAAAAAGUUUUGCAGUUAUUUCACAAGCUAUUGUUUUAGGCAAAGGAAAAACAUACGAUGAAAACAUACCAUAAAGCUGACCCUAAUGCAGCCUUGGGUACUGUCGCUGUCCCCACUCUAACUUUAACUAAUUCCAUUCCCACUUUGUGACUAAUAAUGCCAUUGGGAGACAGGGAGCCGGUUCAACAUUAAACUCUCAGAUAUGUCAUUUACUUUUUCUUUUAAAUGCUGUAACAUUCCCCUUGGUUUUUGUGUUUGUAUAUCUGGGCUUCUUUACUGGGACUCUCUCCCUUCCAUUCCUCUGGUCAAAUACUUCAUGUUCUAUCCUGUCCAAACGUGAAUUCAUGCAAAACAAAGUUUGUUAAUGUCUCGACCAGCUGCAUCAACUGGCAGAUCUGUCGAGAACCCUUUCAACAGUCUUGAGGCGUCAGUCGUGCCUCAUAUCUUUGGCCUUCUUGGUGCAUUCUCAAAAAGGUUAUUUAAUAUUCAUGCCAGAAUGUGACAAAGGCAUACCUAUUACUACAACCAAUUGAAUCAUUGGGUCAUUGCUUUGCUGUUCUUUUCAUCGCUCCAUCUGUGCUUGUAUCUUGCAUUGCACAUUCCACUCCUUGCUUAUUUCUGUUAUGGUCGUUUCCGCAAAUGCUUCAAAUUCCAACGUGCUAGUUGAAUUAGUUUAGGGGUAAAUGUAGGUGUUUGUCCAGUUUAAUUGUCUUGAUGGAUUUGCCAAUAAGGAUAGAAGCUCGGUCCUGAUCGGAUAGAGGGGUGGCAAGCCAGCUUGUGGUUUGCUGUCGAUUGCCUUUUUAAAAGUGUGCUACCACUGUCGAGACAAGUAAGUGCCACAGUGCGGGUUGCCAAGAAAUGGAAAAGACUGUGAGGAACGUCGGUUCGAUUAAACAUUUGGUAGAUGCAACGUAAACUUCCUUUUGAGGCACUUAAACAAAAAAUGACCAUGGAGCCAGCAGUGUUAAUAUUGACCCAAACAUUGACUCUUAUUUAAAAGCAUGGCAGUCUUGAUUGCGUCAGCGGAUUGAACAUUCUUGAAACACAUUGUAGACCAGCUGUGUUGAGCACAGUAGAGUUCUUAUAUCAAUGCAAGGUUUUGUUGGCUCUUUUUAUUAACGCAAGCCUGUCACUCUAAUACAACUCCAAAAUCCAGUCAGCAAUGGACCAUUCUGGUCCUAAUUGACUAUUGAUUGAUAUUGUUGAUCCGAUAAUUAUUUUUAAAUGUGUCACCUGUACCCAGGAGACGCAUAGACUUAAAGUCUUACUAUUGGGCCUCGCGAGGAGAAGCAGAAGGUUAGUUUGAGAGAUGGGUAGCGAAUAGUUGAUCAAAAGGGACAUGGUAGGUUGACAGAUUGAUGAAUGUGUAUAAUGAAAGGUCUGGGAUAAAUGAGCGAAAGCUGUGUAAAUAAUGACGAUCUUUUUGUGCUGAGGAGGGGAUUUGUAUGGGAGUUGGGUUCUAUUGGGUUUUAACUGUCCCCCCCACCCCUCCAUCCACAUCUCCCUGUCUGUGUGUUCCUACACCGUGCCAUAAUACAUCAUGCGAGUGGAGAGAACAAAAUGAAAUGGUUCUUCAUUUUAAGGCAUUAUGAAUAUGAACCAGGAUCAGUUAUCAUGUCGGAGGCUGGCUCAGCAUCUCUGCUCAAUAUCCCUGCUUCAAGUAUCGAUGUUGAUUAUAAGAAAGUUAAUAAAGAAAUUUUAAGGGUGGAUCACCAGUG